AUGUCUUCCCACACUCCAGAUCAACAUGGCUUAGCUGAGCCACUCAUGCUCGAGAAGAUCGAUUCCCUCUUCGCUUGUGGGGUCGGAGAACUCGUUUCCCUACCACAAAUCGUCGUCGUUGGUGACCAGUCUUCAGGAAAGAGCAGUGUGCUCGAAGGAUUGAUCAAAAAGCUACUGCUACGCGACAGCGGCCUCUGCACUCGGUUUGCUACGCAGAUCAUCUUUCGUAGAGCAGCACGAGAGCAGGUAGUUGUCUCCAUCAUUCCUGACCAGCAUGCUUCGACCGAGCACAGCAACCGUGUAAAGGGUUGGGGGAGAACAAUAUCGUCGUUGGAUUCUGACACAUUCAAGGAGAUUAUGCAAGAGGCGCAUGAGGAGAUGGGCCUGUCUAGCAACAACAACGACGGGAUCCCUAAGCCUACUUUCUCCAACGACGUUCUACUUUUGGAAAUCUCUGGCCCUGAACAGGAGCAUCUCAGUGUCAUCGACGUUCCAGGGAUCUUCAAGAGCACCACCGAGGGCGUGACUACCAAGGCGGACAUCCAGCUCGUGAGGAACAUGGAGAUCUUGGAACUUGCUGCAGAGGCUGACGUUCAUGGCGAUCGCACCCUUGGUGUGCUCACUAAGCCGGACCUAGUCGAUCGUGGCGCCGAGCCUGGUAUGGUAGAUCUGGUAGAGGGCCGUGCCCGCCAAAUGAAGCUGGGUUGGCAUAUCAUUCGCAAUCCCGGCCAGAAGGACCUCCAAGACAUGAGUAUGGAUCGCGGCGAUCUAGAAGCGGCCUUCUUCCGCUCUUCUGCACCCUGGAGCAGUAUUGAGAAGGGAAAAACCGGCAUUGACUCUUUGAGGCUUCGCGUCAAGGAAGUGCUAUCCUCAUUGGUCAAGAAAGAGUGCCCGAAACAGACGGCAUAUCUUAUCGGACUCGCCACGAAAUUCCAGCGCCUCGUCUCUCUAUCAAUGAAUGCUAGCCAUGGCGCUGACGAUGCGUUCGAAAAGAACCCUGGAUUAUGCAUUGCUCCUGCCGUCAUGUCUCGAAUGAAGAUAUUCUCGGAUGAGAUGGCAAAAUACGGCGAAUCUUACUCGUUCAAAUGCAACGACGGUGACAUUGCCCCUGUAUUCGUGGAAGAUCCAGACGAAGAUUCUGACGAGGAGACCUUUUAUAUUCGGAAAGAAGACGACCCCGAGGGACUCGUGGACAUCCUCCAUCCGCAAGAAAGCCUUUGCUACCCACUGCAUGGUGAGACCAAGGACUGGCUCCUUCAGGUCUUGAAAGACAAUCAAGGGUUCGAGCUGGGUACAUUCAAUGCCUCGAUCCUCGCGAUCGUGAUAAAGAAGCAGUCGUCCAAGUGGGAGGACAUCAGCAUGGGCUUCGUGAGCGAUGCAAUCGUCCUAGUCCAUCGAUUUAUCACUUCGGCUCUGGUUUCCAUUUAUGACGACCGCAAUGUUUGUGAAGUACUGGUCGGUAAGCUUUCUGACGAGCUGACUAGGAGGUAUCAGAACGCGAUCGCCUCCGCUAGAUUCCUUCUCAAUGUGGAGAAGAGCAAUACUCCUAUAACUAUGAAUCUAUUGGAACAAGGUCCCUCUAGUAGUACGACUACUGUGGAUAACCGAAGUUUGGCUGUUGUGGUGGGUGCUAUUGCCCACCGGGCAGUGCCUGCCACACCAGCAUAUCAUGUGACUCUCAAGCACCUUCUACCCUGGACUGAACCCAGAUAUUCUCAACAGAAUCACUACUUCAACGACAAUCUUCAGCGAAGUCGCCAGGAGAAGGUCACUGCCCACGUCAAGAAGAACGCUUUCCAUAAUGGUAGCCAUAGUAUGGUCGUCCGUCUCGAGCACGCUUCACAGCCUGUUCGCUCGAUGAGCAACGAGCAGCACGUCGUCCAGGACAUCCACGACAUCUUGAAGUCGUAUUAUAAGGUUUGUCGCAAAACCUUUGUCGACAGCAUCUGCAGACAGUCAGUGAUCCACUUCCUCUUGGAGUGUGACGAAUGUCCACUAGCGCUUUUCUCACCCAUGUUUGUCAGCCAGCUGUCUGCUGAUGCGCUGGAGGAGAUUGCGGGCGAAGCGCCAGGACUGAAGCGAUCCCGGGCACAACUGACCAAAGAGGUAGCAAGUCUAGCUAAGGCGGUCAGGAUCUUGACAAGGAUUUGA